ACAAUGGCACGUGAUUUCGUAAUUUUGGCGUGAUUCCCCGCGUCACUUUUGCCUUUGUGGUUCAUCAAUUUCUUUGCUUUUGUUUCCACAACCAUCUCACGAUCUAUAAUAUAGCAUUCGCCGUCGCAUUCGCCGUCGCAUUCUUUUAUAACCCAUUUGAGGAUAAUUACUGGUUGCUGUUUGCGAAUUCAAUACAUCCUAUCUCAAAUCUCGAUUCACCUUUUUCGAUUCUGUUCAACCUUCCAGCUUUGCGAUCAAACUAUUAGAUACAACUUGCAAAAUAACCCCGCAGCCUGCGAAAUUGCGACAAUGGGCUCUUCAAAUAUCGCUCGAAAGGAGCGGCGCAAAAAACAAACACGUUUGACAUUCGAUCCAAUCUCCACUGAAGUACCUUUAGAUUCACAUGCGAAAAGUCAAGGACCAUCGCCUGCGAAGGUUCGAUACGAGAGAAAGAAUGGCGGCACAUCUACCGGAAAUGGAGGCAGAAUUACACGCAGUGGGAUGUCUUCAGGGUCGCCGUUGAAAGCAAGUUCGGGUAUGAAAGGAAAAUCUGGGGACAAGGGAAAGAAUGCGAGAGAUGGUAAAAUCGGCUUUGGAUCAUUACCAACACCCGCGAAAAGCUCACAGAAAGAGGAAAUCAAUAUUGCAGAUACAGAAGUAAUCAGCGGAUCACGUCAAAGCACACGAGGUUCAAAAGCGAAGAAGCCAAUGAUUGAGGACGCCACUGGUUCAGACGAUGAGGCUACAAUUGAAGUUGAAGUAACGACUCCAUCGAAGAAAAACAGCGAGGAACCUGCUGCCGCAGAAGCUGCAGAUGACAACUCGGAUAUUGAGAUUACAGGUUCUACUACAAAAUCUUCUGGAGGUAGUUCCUCGAGGAGACGUUCUCUCACAGGUCGAGGCUUUAUACAAGGUGGAAGUACAUAUAACGCCCCCUUACCUUCUGGAAAUCGUGGCCGAGCACCAAAAGCCCUAGUUCAUAGCCCCAAACCUCCAACCCCCUCGAAGACUACGCCAAAGAAAAGAUCAGUAACAUUGUCAGAUACAAGUGACGAUGAUGUAUUCGCAUCAAACUCUAGACCUUCACAACGCCCUGGCCUAUUUAGUCAGAAGCUAGCUGCGCCAAUAGAAAGUAGCGAUGAAUCUUGUGAAGAGGCUGAUGAAGAUUCCGAAGAUGAUAUACUUCCAUCUUCCACUAGACGUUGGCAAGCAACACGGAUAGUCCCGCGAGUUACAGUUGAGAUUGAUUCCGAUGACCCGGAUGAUGAGCCUCCAACCUCACCUAUGAAGAGAAAGCGUCCCACCAUCAUUUCGGAUGAUGAGGAUGGUAUUGUUAGAUCGCCUGCAAAGAGAACGAGGAUCGUGGAUGAGACUGAUUCGGAUGAUGAUCUGCCGCCUAUGACUAAGCUACCCAAGACCACUCCCCCUGAAUCUGAUAGUCCCGCCCCAGCCCCACAAGUCAAACGAAGAGGACUGCCUAGGAAGCACAGAACUGCUAAGCAGAAGCAAUUAGAGAUUCUCAAACGCAAGCGUGCUGGAGAAAGUAACCCUGUUCUAACAGAAUCUGAGUCUGAUGAUGAAGAAGUUGGGGGCUUAUAUGAUUCGGGUAGUGAUGCAUUGACUACCUUUGAAGAUGAAGAAGACGAGGAAGUGGAAGAGGAGGUUCAAGAAACGCGCAAACGAAAAUCUCCAAAGAAGCCUGUACGAGAGAACGAGGAUGAGUACGAUUCGGACUUUGUUGAUGACGAUGAUGUUGGCCUUCUUGGGGUCCCAGAUUACGCUAUGAUUCCUCUACAUCUCACGGCCGCAGCUCACAAACCUCUAAGAGAACAUUUUGUCGAAGCGGUUGAAUGGUGUGUUCAAAACAAGAUCAAUCCAGGUUUCAACCAAAAUCUUAUGCCCAUCUACAAGGCGGCGUGGAAUAAGCUCGAAGAUGCAUACAGUGGGUUAUCUGGCAGCAAGUUUGUUUCCACUUCAUGGACUUGUGACUUUACCAAAGGUCUCUAUGCCCGCCCCGAAUUCAUCACCAGGAGACUUGCUCCAGGAGAAGCAAUUGAUCUUUUAGGAGAGGCUAAAUGCGAGGCAUGCAAUCGUAGGAAGCAUAUACCAACUUUUGGUAUCACAUUAAAGGGAUCCGCAUACCACAGGGAUAGCUUAGCCGAAGUAGAGAAAGAUGAUAGUGAUACUGAGGAAGAUGACGAGGAAGAAGAUUCUGAUGAUGAGAAGGACACACGGAGUUUGAACAGCAGGGAUGAACCUCUACCACCUCAAGACAAAGAGUUCAUGGUCGGCUCUGUCUGUAAAGAAAACGCAGAAAAUGCACAUACACUCAUUCAUCUGAAGUAUGCACUUAAUCAAUGGGUCAUCGGCAGUCUAGAAAGUCAAGGCCAUCUCACUAUUGAGAAGCUUGCGAAGAGAGACAAGAUGAGCGCAAAGAAGAGACAGAAGGAAGUUAACGGAAUCGUCGAUAAGUGGAAGGAGGAGAAAGAGAUUAAAGAAUUGUAUGGCAUCUGGAAACAACAAUUAGAAACAGCACAGAACGCCAGUACAACGGGAAGACGAUAAGAUACCACGUGGUGACUGGGGGUGUCAGUUGGAGACAAGCAAGGGAGAGAAUUGAAUUUAUGGGGCAUAGUGGUGGAGAACUAGGAAGAUUCUAACGAUGCUAGGCAUAGUAUCAGGUAUUUGGGAGCGAAAUAUGGAAGCAGGUAGCGAUGAUUUUACAUUACUUUAUUGCAUUUCAGAGAGUCAGUAAUUAGGAAUGACUGGGAGCGAAAAUAGUAUUGAAUUAGAGAUACGGCGGGGAUUUUAUCGCUAUCUAGUCAGUACUUGGAGGUUAAAGACCAUAUCGAUGAUACGGCACGAUUU